AUGGCUCCAAUCGCAAUCCCCAUCCACGAACACAUUCAGGAGAAGGAUACUGUCCAGCCGCGGAAAGACUCGCUGGGAUUGCCAGAGCCAGCCAGGAAGAGACUCGAGAAGGCGGGAAUCGAUCUGUCGGCCGGCUAUCCGUACAGACCGGCAAAACCACUCUACCUUGACGAUGUGUACAAGAUCAGGGACUAUGAUCGUGAGCACAUCGAUCCGGGUGCCCGAGCCGAUCCAGAGAAGCAAGCGCUGUUUGGUGCUGCGAAGGAAGUCAUCCAUUUGACCUCACACAUCGGAACCGAGAUCGUUGGACUUCAGCUGAAGGACCUUACAGAUCAACAAAAGGACGAGCUUGGUCUUCUGAUUGCUGAAAGAAGCGUGGUGUUCUUCCGUGAUCAGGAUCUCUCGCCUCAAGAGCAGAAAAAGCUGGGUGAGUAUUAUGGCGAGAUUGAAGUCCACAUCGGAGGUGACACCCUCUGGGCUUCAGGCUACGCUGCGUACGAGAAGCUUUCUCCUGCUUUCCGAAAGAUCAUCGAUGGCAGAGAGGCAGUGUACCGCAGUGCGCACCCGUACCUUGAUCGUGAUGAUCCUAGUGCUGGUCCUAAGCACAUCGAACGCGUUCAUCCGAUCGUUCGUGUCCACCCGGCAACCGGAUGGAAAGCUCUGUGGGUCAACCGCGCCUUCACAGAUCGCAUUGUCGGAUUAGACAAAGCUGAAAGCGACGUCAUUCUCAACUACCUCUUCGAUGUGUACGAAAACAACGUCGAUAUCCAGGUCCGGUUCCGCUGGACGCCAGGAACUUCGGCAUUGUGGGAUAACAGAAUUACAAUCCACAACGCGAGUUGGGAUUAUGGUGGAAUUGAGCCGAGGCACGGAACAAGGGUUACGUCGUUAGCGGAGAAGCCGUACUUUAAGGCUGAUGCACCAACUCGCAGACAAGCAUUGGGCCUCGCAGGACCUGAAGAUGUUUAG